AAAAAUAAAUUACUCUAUAAUUGGAGUAAACUUAUUUUUCACUCUAUUAUAGAGUGAGAAAUAAAAUACUAUUAGAGCAUUUUUACUAUAAACUCUAUUUUAGAGUGAAAAAUAGAGUGGGAUUAGAAAUGCCCUUAAAUAACAACAAAAAUCUCUACAUAUACCUAUAUAAAUAUAUAUAUAGUUUUUUUUGGUUAUUAUUAUAGUCGCACCAUAGUUGUCCUGCGUGUUACCAUUAGACGGUUAAUGAUUUGAAUCGGGAUGACAGUACAAUAUUUAUACAUGACAAGAAAAUAAAUUAGAGUAAAAGUAUUUUGCAAAAAGAAUACAUCCAUUACCAUUCGCCAAACAUCUAUCGUCUUAAAAUUUCAUCUCUUCUCUUAUAAAUAAUCAAAGAUUUAUCGUCUGUUACUAAAUAUAUGAUAAAUAAUAAUAUAUAAAUUAUUAAUAUAUUUAAGAUUUUUAUUUUCCUACAAACAUAAUAUAUUUUUGAAUUUUUACAUUUUUAAAUACAUAUUAUUACAUAUAUUAUAAAUUAUUUAUAUUAAAAACUUUAGUUUUAUUGUUGUAGUGAUAAAAGGAUUCACAAAAGAAAGAAAAAUGAAAUGCCACUAGUUCUUUAGUUGACGAGCGACAUUUAUUUUCUGGGAAAAAACGUUGAAAGGAAAAAACAGAAAACAAGAAACGGAGAGAGAGAGAGAGACAAAGUCGCGUGUGUUUCACUCUCCUUAUUCGCCGUUUGUCCCUUGUUCUAUUUUUUAAUGCUUGGGUCACAUCGCCUUCUUAAUUUUUUUUUUUUUCUCAAUCUUUCAAAUCGAAUGUUGCAACUCUUUUAACAUUAACUUGCAAAAUCAGAGAUCAUUUAUUUCGUCCUUCCAAAAUCCAAAGCCUCGCUUCGCUUCUGUCAGAUUAAAAGUUUUGCAUUAUCUGAAGACUCUUGUUGUUAACAAUGUCGGCGGAUGAUGAUAAAGAUUCAGACGACCUUAAUAUAUUCCUCAACGCCAUUGGCGAAGAUGAAGAAGCACCGAUGAGGAAAAGCACCAACGAAGAAGACAUCUUCUUCAACUUGGACGAUGGAGGAGGAGAGGGAGAUUUGCAUAACCCAUUUCAAGAUUUGUCGGAUUCGAAUCAACCAGUCUUUGAAUCUCCUGAGGUUUACGUGGCACCGAGGGUGAUGAUAAGCCAUCAAGAUUCCUUCUCAGAGGAGGAGGGUUCAAGAAUCGAAGAUGCCAGGAUCUUGCCCUUCUCCCCUCGUCUACGUGUCCCUGCUUCUCCUCGCGCUUUUGUCUAUCAGAGAUCUGUGGAAUCCCCUCGUUUUGGAUUGAUUGAUACCGCUUCCCCUUUCGAAUCUGUCAAGGACGCUGUUUCAAAGUUCGGUGGGAUUACUGACUGGAAAGCUCAUAAGAUUCAGACAAUAGAGAGAAGGAAGAUGGUUGAUGAAGAGCUUGAGAAGAUGCAAGAAGCACUGCCCGAGUAUAAGAGAGAAUCUGAGUUAGCUGAAGAGGCCAAACACGAUGCGUUGAGAGAACUAGAGACCACAAAGGGACUCAUUGAGGAGCUCAAACUCGAGCUAGAGAAAGCCCAAUUAGAAGAGCAGCAGGCGAAACAGGACUCGGACCUCGCGCAGAUGCGCGUUGAGGAGAUGGAGAAAGGUGUAGCUAACGAGGCAAGCGUUGCCGUUAAAGCACAGCUCGAGGUAGCUAAAGCGCGACAGGAGUCUGCCACUUGUGAGCUGCGGUCCGUGAGAGAAGAGAUUGAAAUGGUUUGUAAUGAAUACGAAGAUAUGUUGAGGGAAAAAGAUUUGGCUGCGGAGAGAGCUGAAGCUGCUGCGAAGGAAGCUAAAGAGAUCGAGAGAGAAAUGGAUGGGUUGAGUAUAGAGCUCAUAGCCACCAAGGAGUCGUUGGAAUCAGCGCACACUGCUCAUCUCGAAGCGGAAGAGAAGAGGUUCGGUGCAGCGAUGGGUCGGGACCAAGACAUGUACAACUGGGAAAAGGAACUGAAGAUGGUGGAAGAUGAUAUCGAGAGGCUUAACCAAGAGACUCGCGCCGCUGAUGAUAUGAAAACAAGGCUAGACGCUGCUUCUGCUCUUGAGUAUGAUCUGAGAGCUGAGUUAGCAGCUUUCACUGAGAGUUCGACCAGGAUGGGUAAUGAUGAUAACAUACAUGCGGCUGUUGAUUCUGCAAAGAGAGAGCUCGAAGAAGUCAAAUCCAACAUUGAGAAAGCAGCUUCCGAGGUGAAAGCAUUGAAGAUAAUAGCUGGAUCAUUACAGUCCGAGCUUGCGAGGGAGAGACAGGAUCUAGCAGAAACUAAGGAGAGACAAAGUGCGGCGGGGGGUUUGGUCCGGACAUCAGAUGAGGAAGCAAGAGAGGAGCUGAUGGACACAUCCAAUAAGUUGGAGGAGGCGAUGAAAGAGGCAGAGGAUGCGAAGCUCUUAGCCGCAGCUGCUAGAGACGAGCUUAGAAUGGCUGAGGAGUUGUCUGAACAAGCUAAAACCGGAAUGUCUACGAUAGAGAACAGGCUAACCGAGGCGAAAAAAGAAAUGGAGGCCGCUAGAGCUUCGGAGAAGUUGGCCUUGGCUGCUAUAAAAGCUCUGCAGGAGACUGAGUCUUCACAGAGAUUUGAAGAGAUGAGUAAUUCCCCGAGAAGCAUCAUUAUCUCUGUAGAAGAAUACUACGAGCUGAGCAAGCGGGCACACGAGUCAGAGGAAGAGGCGAACACAAAGCUAUCGCAGAUUGUAUCCCAGAUAGAAGUGGCUAAAGAGGAAGAGUCGAGAAUCUUGGAGAAACUAGAGGAAGUGAAUAGAGAGAUGAGCGUGCGGAAAGGAGAGCUAAAAGCGGCUAUGGGAAAAGCCGAAAAGGCUAGAGAUGGGAAGUUGAGUAUGGAGCAAGAGUUGAGAAAAUGGAGAUCAGAGAAUGGGAAGAGAAGAACAGAAGAAGGUAUGGAGCCUGAGAAGAGCCCGACGAGGUCAAGCACGUUUGCGUUCGGUGAACAAGGGACCAGCAGCAACAUUGAUAACAAUAAUGUGACCCCUGAAACAAAGAAAAAGAAGAAGAAGAAACUUUCUUUGCUGCCAAAGGUUCUCAUGUUCUUGUCAAGGAAGAAGUCUCACAAGUGAAAAUCUUUUGUUUUUGUUUUUCUUUUCUUCAAAAUAUUUAUUUGAUUUUGUUAUUCUGUUACUUACCCCAAUAACAAUACAGACUUCUUGAGAUGAGUCAGGCAAACUUUUCCAUGUAUGACUUUUUGUUGAUUUCACUCGAUGGAAAUAAAAGCCAUUGACGCGCACACA